AUGACCCUCUCGACCAGCGCCGCCGCCUCCUCCACCUCCUCGACCUCACCCCUGCCGGCUGCUACCGCCGAGCCUCCCGCGCCAGUCGACAUCCUCCUCAAGCACCGCUUCCCCAAGCGCUACCGCCACCCGACCCUCGACGCCCAGCUCACCCGCCAACGCCUCACCUCGGAAGCGCGCGCGCUCGUGCGCUGCGCCAAAGCCGGCGUGCGCGUGCCCGGGCUCCGGCUCGUCGACGUCAAGCAGGGCUGCCUUGGCAUGGAGUGGAUCGAGGGCUGGAGCGUGCGGGAAAUCCUCGGCGGCGGACAGGAGGACGACCUGACGAGCGACGACGACGAGGACGAGCGGGUCGAGGACGUUGGCAACGACCUCGGCAAGAUGCACACGGCCGACAUCAUCCACGGCGACCUGACAACCUCGAACAUGAUGGUCCGCUUGCGGACAGGCGACUCGGCCGGCGCCAAUGCUCCUCCUUUCGAGGUGGUCCUCAUCGACUUUGGUCUGUCGUCCGCCUCGCCGAUGCACGAGGACCGCGCCGUCGACCUGUACGUCCUCGAGCGCGCGUUUUCCUCGACGCACCCGGUCGCGCCCGGCGGCCGCGCCCACUUUGACCUCGUCCUCGAGGGCUAUCGCGAGGCGCUCGAGCGGGCGCCGAAGAAGGGCGAGUGGGACAGGGUGUGGAAGAGGCUCGAGGAGGUGCGCAUGCGCGGCAGGAAGAGGAGCAUGGUUGGGUAG